GUAUUAGACCCCCUUAAUUUCCAACGACAGCUAUAGACAGCUAUAUGCUGGAAUUCUUUGAUUAAUGCAGGAAUAAUGAAGCAUUAACAAUAGUUGAAGCUUUUCUCUUACGGAUCUCUUUCAGUUUUGUUUUUGGUGUUGAAUUUUUGAAGUAUUGAUUAGGAAAGCAAGGAAAUAGUGAUAAUGGCAUUAGGAAAAUAUAGUAGAGUAGAUAAUAAUAAUAAUAAUAAUAAUAAUAAUAGGAAGUCUUCGGGUUAUUGUUCCUCUGUCACAGUUGUGAUUUUCGUGGGAUUAUGUUUAGUUGGGAUUUGGAUGUUGACUUCAUCCUCAACUGUCUCUGUUGGGGACGAGCCCGCUCUGGAAAAGAAAACUCAGCUCGAAGAUAAGGUUGCUCCAGUAACCAGUGAUAACAAUGACAGCAGCAACACCUCGCAGUUUGAAGAAAACCCUGGGGAUUUGCCUGAGGAUGCCACCAAAGGGGACACCAAUGUUAGUCUGGCUGAAAAUGAUGGCAAGGGCAACUUAAAUACACAAGAAAAUCAGGAUAAUACUGAAGAUAGUAAAUUGGAGGAGUCUAAGAAGGAUGAUGAGCAGUCAGCUUCUGAUAAUGCAGAGAAAAGCGGUGACAAUGGUGAUAACUUGGGUGGAGAAGGGGAUUCAAAAGAGAAUUCUGAUGACAAGAAGUCAGGUUCUGAAGAGAGCAAGGAUGAACCUGAUUCUGAUGAGAAUGACAAGAAAUCUGAAGAGAGCAAUGAGAAAUCUGAAUCUGAUGGGAAUGAUGAUAAAUCUGAUUCUGAUGAUGGUGAAAAGAAGCAAGAUGAAAGCUCCUCCGAAACUAAUGGAGAUCAGACGGAUGGUCAGAUAGAGAAGGUUGAUCAAAAUGAUAAUAAUGUGUUGGAUAAAGGAUCUGAUGAGGGGAAAGAUGGUGGUCAAGAGAAAAACCAGAGCUCGUAUGAAGUUUUCCCGUCUGGUGCUCAAUCUGAACUUUUGAAUGAAACCACUACUCAAACUGGAUCAUUCUCUACCCAAGCAACAGAAUCAACAGCGGAAAAGGAAUCUCAGUUAUCAUCCAAGAAAUACAUUUGGAAGGUGUGCAAUUCCACUGCCGGACCUGAUUAUAUCCCAUGCCUUGACAAUUUGGAAGCAAUCAGGCAUCUCCAUUCUACCAAACAUUAUGAACAUCGAGAGAGGCACUGUCCGGAAGAACCACCAACCUGCCUUGUCCCUCUUCCUGAAGGAUAUAAACGUCCAAUUGAGUGGCCAAAGAGCAGGGAGAAGAUUUGGUACUAUAAUGUUCCCCAUACCAAACUGGCACAAAUUAAGGGGCAUCAGAAUUGGGUUAAAGUUACUGGAGAAUACCUCACAUUUCCUGGUGGUGGAACCCAGUUUAAGCAUGGUGCGCUUCAUUAUAUUGACUUCAUAGAAGAGUCUGUGCCUGAUGUAGCAUGGGGAAAACGUACUCGUGUAAUAUUGGAUGUUGGAUGUGGGGUUGCUAGCUUUGGAGGUUUUCCUUUUGACAGAAAUGUUGUUGCUAUGUCCUUCGCACCUAAAGACGAACAUGAAGCUCAAGUACAGUUUGCACUUGAAAGGGGAAUUCCUGCUGUGUCUGCUGUGAUGGGUACCAAGAGACUACCCUACCCUGGCAGAGUAUUUGAUGUUGUUCAUUGUGCACGAUGUAGAGUGCCAUGGCACAUAGAAGGUGGUAAACUCCUCUUGGAGCUGAACCGUGUCUUGCGACCUGGUGGUUUCUUUGUGUGGUCUGCUACUCCUAUUUAUCAGAGCAUUCCUGAAGAUGUUGAAAUCUGGGAAGCUGUGGUUGAACUAACAAAAUCUAUGUGCUGGGAGCUUGUAAACAAAACUAGCAAGGAUGCAGUAAAUGGUGUGGCUGUAGCAGCAUUUAGAAAGCCUACUUCUAAUGAAUGCUAUGAGCAAAGGACAAAACUAGAGCCUCCACUCUGUCCUGAGUCUGAUGAUCCAAAUGCCGCAUGGAAUGUGCCUCUGCAAGCUUGCAUGCACAAAGCUCCUGUAGAUUCAGCAGAACGUGGGUCUCAUUGGCCUGAGCAAUGGCCAGCAAGGUUGGAAAAAUCACCAUAUUGGUUGAGUUCUUCCCAAGUUGGAGUUUACGGCAAAGCAGCACCAGAGGAUUUUACUGCAGACAAUGAGCACUGGAAACGGGUGGUAACCAAGUCAUACAUAAAUGGGAUGGGAAUAAGCUGGUCAUCUGUCAGAAAUGUCAUGGACAUGAAUGCUGUUUAUGGAGGCUUUGCUGCUGCACUCAAAGAUAUGGAUUUAUGGGUCAUGAAUGUGGUCCCAAUUGACUCACCGGAUACACUUCCCAUAAUAUUUGAAAGAGGUCUAUUUGGCAUGUAUCAUGAUUGGUGUGAAUCGUUUAGCACCUAUCCGAGGUCUUACGAUCUUCUCCAUGCAGACCAUCUAUUCUCGAAGGUUAAAAAGAGGUGCAACUUAGUGGCUGUUGUUGCAGAGGUUGAUCGGAUACUAAGACCCGGAGGAAAGCUUAUUGUUCGAGACAACGUUGAUAUAAUUAACGAGCUUGAGAAUAUGUUGAAGUCUAUGCAGUGGGAAGUGCGCAUGACAUACUCCAAGGACAAGGAAGGCCUGCUGUGUGUCCAGAAAUCCAUGUGGCGACCUAAAGAGGUGGAGGCAAUCAAAUACGCCAUUGCUUAGGUCAUAUUGUACCCUUCAACGAAUGAUGUUUGGCAGCACGUUUAAGUAUCGAUUAGGUAUUCUUUUUGUUUAGGUUUGCAAAUUUCAAUUCAUGGUGAUUGAUACACCAGGCCUUUGCAGGAGGCUUGGAUUGUAUCAUAUUUAAAUAGGGGCUUUCUGUUAUUUUUUUUAUUUACUUGAUCUUGUAAACCGUGUACUGUACCUUAGACAUUUAAUUUAAUUUUAUUUGGGCUCCUUUUAUAAGCUAA